GAGCUGGUGACGGAGCUGGUGGCUGCUCAGAGCAAUCUGUCCUACAAACAGCUCCCACUGCGCCUCUACCAGGUCACCAGGAAGUUUCGGGAUGAGCCCAGGCCCCGCUUCGGCUUGCUGCGCAGCCGGGAGUUCUACAUGAAGGACAUGUACACUUUCGACGUCUCCGAGGCGGCGGCUCGGCACACCUACGACUUGGUGUGUGACGCCUACCGCAGCCUCUUCGACCGCCUGGGCCUUCCCUUCGUCAAAGUGCAGGCAGCCACGGGCACCAUCGGCACUGUGUCCCACGAGUUCCAGCUCCUGGCAGACAUCGGUGAGGACAGGCUGGUGCUCUGCCCUCACGGACACUUUGCGGCCAACGUGGAAACACUAAAAGGGGAACAAACGUCUUGCCCGACGUGUGGGGAAAAACUCACCAAGACCAGAGGGAUUGAAGUGGGGCACACGUUUUAUCUGGGCACCAAGUACUCCUCCAUCUCCAACGCCGUCUUCUACUCCCCUGAGAACAAACCCCAGCUGGCAGAAAUGGGCUGCUAUGGCCUGGGCGUCACUCGUAUCCUGGCGGCCUCCAUCGAGGUGCUGUCUACAGAGGACAGCAUCUGUUGGCCGAGCCUCAUUGCUCCCUACCAGCUCUGCUUCAUCCCUCCCAAGAGAGGCAGCAAGGAGGAGGAGGAGGGAGUCGCGCUGCUGGAGCGGGUGUACGACGACCUGGCCGAAGCGCUGCCCCACCUCGCCGGGGACUCGGUGCUGGAUGACAGGACACAGCUGACCAUCGGCAGAAGGCUAAAGGAUGCCAACAAGCUGGGUUAUCCCUACGUGGUCAUCGCUGGGAAACGGGUUUGUGAGGACCCCCCGGUCUUCGAGGUCUGGAAUCAGAACACCAGCGAGGUUUUGUUCCUCACCAAGGAAGGUGUCAUUGAGUUGCUGAGUAAAGUGCAAGUCACUUGA